UGAUCAGUUCUGGUUUCAAGUGACGUCGCGGAAACUUCAACCGUCGCUGUUGGGACUUUUAUUUGUGAAAUGGUUUACGUCGUGACGUAACGUCUCCAAGAGACGGCAGAGUAUUGCGACGGUUGCUAUGGCGCCGAUAAACCCGUAGAGACCCACAGCAAGAACGUCUCACCACUGGUAGACGCAGCAGCAGGAUGACGUCACUUCCUGCGAAGCCGGGCCUCCGCCUCAGCGUGCCGGAGUGGCGCACCAACAACCAGCAGCUGUCUGACACCGCCCAACACGAGCGCACGGUCUCAAACAUCGUCCGGCAGGAGGGGCGGUGCCUGCGCGACGAGACCAACAGCCUGACGAGCUGGGACGAGAGGGACACCUCCCGCAGAUUAAGUGACCGCAUUUGGGACGUGAGUCGAUGGAAGGAAGCGCUGGAAGACUGCGCAAAGAAAGUGGACGAGGAGAUGGACGCGCUGACCUUGUGUAAAGAAGAGACGGAGCAGGCGUUAGCAGCCACUGCCACUCCACUAGAGGUCAGCAAAGAGUGUCUGACGCUGAGGGAGGGACGACAAGGUUUGGAGCUGGUCGUCGACCCUGUGCACGAGCAGCUGAAGGAAGAAGUGCAGCUGAUCGAGCGAGUGCAGCAGGUUCUGCAGCAGAACAUCGACCAGGCCUUUGAACAGCUUUGUGUUUUACAGGAGGCUCGGCAUCAGCUGACCGCCGACAUCCAGAACAAGAUGGACGCGCUGGACAUUGACAUGUCCUGUCUGUCUCUUACAACAAAGUCCCCAGAGAUUUCCCUGAAGGUCAACCCUACUCGUGUACCAACAGGUACCUCCACCCCCCACGAGUGGGUACAGUUCACUCAGCGCAAUAUAGCUCGAGCUCAGGAGGCCAUGCAGGUGUCUCAGCAAAUGAGGGAGGACAUGAGUCUGACCAGAGCACAGCUGCAGAAUGAGUUGGAGACUCAGUGCAGAGCCACAGAGUUUGCUCUUCGCAAGCGCAACCACCAGGAGGAGCAAGCGCACGAUGAGCUGCAGUGGCAGAUUAAGAAAACAGAGGACGAAAUGCUUGAGAUGGAAAAUGACAUCAAGGACCUGGACGCAGAUCUGCGGGCCAAGAUGGCCGACCUGAAACUGGCCCACACCAGACUGGAGAACAGGACCUACAGACCGGGCGUGGACCUGUGCAGAGAUGAGGUGCAGCACGGCCUGGUGUCUGAGGUCCAGCAGCUGGAGGAGACCAUCAUGGCCCUGAGACAAAAACUGUCUGAGGCUCAACAUUCCCUCCAGAGGAUGAAGCUCCACCACUACCACAUGCUGCAGGAUCUCUCCUCCAAGAAGGAGGCCCUGGCCCUGGAACAACGCAGCCUGAGCACACGUUCCUGCCUCAGAACGUUGGGCGACAGCGGGAGAACACGACUGCUGGUGGUUCCACUCGCCAACUCCAGUGGGAGGAGCAUCCUGCAGCUGCAGGCAGCGUAACCUCAGUGAUGUCACUGGUGUUAGGAAAGAAGAAACAGAAACAUUCUUUAACGACUGAUUUGAUUUGCUGUGACUUCCUUGACGGUGACUUUGUUCGUAGACUUGAAGAGCGUUUGAUCGCGUUUGCGUUUGUUUGUCUUUUUGUUAUCGUCUUUUUUCAACGUGACGUUUACCUUCAACAGUGUUUCAAAUAAAUCAACUCUGCUCAGAUCAUCACUCGUUUCUUUGUAUGCAUUGCUAACAUGGACAUCAAGUAUAUUAGCAUUCUGCUAGUGUUAGCAGUUUUUGGUUGCCUUCUAGCUACUAUUCGUUGUUCUGUUCUUGCCGUCUGCGUUGGUCUGUUUAAAGUGUAGCUUUUAGGCUAACGUCCCACUAGCUAAGCUGUAUGUUUUUCUAAACCUUCAGCUUUCCUUUGGUCAAUUUUCACAAAUUAUUGAUUCCCUAUUGACAUCGAUGAAUUGUUGCUAACUUUAGCAUUCCUCUAAUUGUCAUUAAAAAAGUCAGUGAACAAUGAAACCAAUCUACAUCUUGGAGAGUUGAUCCUCUGCUUGAUUAGCAGUUAACCUAUUGGUAGCUUAUUUGAGUUAAGCAAAUACAUCGUCAACACUCUGUAAACAGGCGCGGCCAUAUACCGCCGGUCGACCGAUGUUGAUCGUGCACUUGUUUUCAAAAGUGGAUCAAUGGAUCCC